AUGUCCGACUCUGAGAAACAACCAGAGGGUGAAGUAGAGACUACUGAGAGGCCUGCAACCAGUGGAAAGAAAGUAAUAGCCUCCAAAGUAUCGGGGACAGUAAAAUGGUUCAAUGUAAAAAGCGGAUAUGGCUUCAUUAACCGGGAAGACACAAAGGAAGAUGUCUUUGUACAUCAGACAGCUAUAAUUAAAAACAAUCCUCGUAAAUAUCUGAGGAGUGUUGGAGAUGGUGAGAAGGUGGAGUUUGAUGUCGUCGAAGGAGAAAAGGGUAAUGAAGCUGCCAAUGUCACUGGACCUGGUGGAAAUCAUGUGCAAGGUAGCAAAUAUGCUGCAGACCGACGCAGAUAUCGACGGCGAUGGUGGAAUAGGAGGCGCCGUGGUGCUGCCAGGGAGGAAGGUGAAGAGGCAAAAGAUGACCAAGACGAUGGGGAAAGUGGUGAAGGAGCUGGUAGUGGAGAAGACCGUAGCCGACCCCCAAUGAGGCGCAGGCCCUACUGGAGACGGAGACGCUUUUUCCGUGGCCCAAGACGUGGCAUGCCAUCUCGUAGCAUCCCUCAGGACGAGCAUGGUGGAAACGCUGGUGAUGGCGAUUCUCGGAUGCAUGGCCCACCCCCAUUCCGCCGACGACGCCCCUUCUACCGUAGGUAUUAUCGCCCACCCAUGCACCGUUACUCCCAAGGUGGCCCACCUCGAGACGGUGAUGCUCAAGAUGAGGGGUCUCAGAAUGGACCUCCUCCUUCCCGGCGACGACCCAGGCGUUCUAGAGGUGGUGGGAGCAGCUUCAGGCGAGGCAGAUGGGGAUCACGAGGGGGUCGUACAGGCUCUGGGCAAAGGGAGCAAUCUGAAGGGGAACCAGGAACUAGUGACAGUGGCCAUAAAGCAGAGGAUUCUGCCCCCAGCAAAUCAGAAGAUAGCAGUUCAGCUCCUCCUGCUCAGUCAUCGACAGAAGUGACUCCAGCUGCUGCUGCUCAGGUGGCUGCUUCGACUUAA